GUUUUGCUUUACCAAUAUGGCGCGGCUAGUGCUAUGAGAUGACAACAUCGUAUUUUGUGUCUUGUUUGUUACAACAUAUAAUAACUCCUUCUACCUCAGAUGUGUGAACGAUUAAAUAAUCAUUAAAUUAAAGGAGCUUUGUCGUAACGGUGAUAAGUCAUAGUUUGGGAUAAAUUGUACAUCCGAUUGCGUCCCCGAGGAAAGUGGUCCGUACCUAUACUUUAAAUUGUGAAAAUGGCGGGUGUGUUAUCUUUAGGGCUUUUGUUUUUCUUUCUCUUGGACUAGUUUUAUGUGAUUGUAGUUGAAAACUGCCCAAUACAUUUAAGAUACAAAAGUAAGGAAUACGUUUGUGGUUGGUAGCGUCAUGGACUACUUAUUAUUUUGACGUUUAGAGAGUGGUUUGUCAAGACGGCGCAGGUGUCAUCGUUUUUGAUGAAAUUAUCAGAAUGUCUCGUUGGGGCAGAGGCCGAAGCGGCAGCGUGGCCGUGCCGCUUGAUAGUGCCCUCUUCAGAGAAAACAGUAAUUGUCCAAGUGCAGCCCGGUCCGCGGGAACAGUGGGGAAAUGGGGAAUCACCAGUUUUACAUCUAUUAGAAGCGCUCCUUACGCCUUUCAAAGCAACACUAACAAGAAACCUGUUCAGGAUCAAAAUAGUCCACUGACAGUGCCAGCAGUUGAAACUGAGCAACCUCCACCAAAACCUAAGAAGUUUUUUAAAUCUAGGAAUACUGAACCAUAUCCUCCAGUGCCACAAAUCACGUAUGCUCCACCUGUGCUUCCAGCACCAUUAUCCCCUGAGCAUAGCACAAAAGAAAAGAAAACUAAGAAAAGUAGAUAUAACAGGGACUCUUCAUCUCCUGAAUUGCCUAGAAGAAACUCAGAAAAGUCUAGAGGUAAAAAGAAUAAUGUUGCUACUAAAGCAGCUAGAAAAGAGGAUUCCUCAGAACCAUCAGAACCCCCAAAUAAGCGUUACCUGGUACGUAAUCGGGAUAAGGUGAUCAAUUAUGCAGAAGAUGGAAGUAAUAGUCCAAUACCAGAAUUUACUAGAUAUGAACCGUUGCAGCCAAAAGCGUCUACUCCUAAAGCCAGUCCCUUAACUGCAAGUCCAUUGCAAAAUACUAUUGCAAGUCCUUCAUCUGCUAAACUUGAAGUAGUUAGUCCAUCAACAAGUAAAGAUAGCAAUGAGGAACGAAAACCCCCUCCAAUAGUUUUACGCAUUUCAAAGGGAACCUCUCGAAUUGUUAGUACAGAUUCUAAUGAAGGUUUUACCUCACCGGGAUCAGAUAGACACUCUUCACUGGAUAAUCAUCCAGAUUUAGGUUUAGAUCAUAAAAAAAGCCCUUCUAUGGAAGCAAUUUGUUCACCAAAACAUGAAGGUUUAAAAAUAACUAUAAAAUGUUCAGGUUAUAGUCAAGAAACUAAAAAAGAAAAGAAGAAGGAUAAAAAAGAUGGACACAAAUCUCAUAAAAAACAUCACAAAGCAUCAUCUGAUGAUGAACCACUUAAAAAACCUAGUUCUCCACAACCUGGCUCAGAAAACUAUGAACUGUAUAAUAUGCUAGCAUCACCAGUACAUACACCUGUACCAGAAAAAACUCCCAAUAAGAGUAAACAGAUAGAUAUUAUAGAAUCACAAUUGGCCAAACUAGACUCAACGCCAGAUGUAAAUGAAAUGAAUGAAGAACCACCGGACCCAAAGCCACCUGAAGCAGCAGCAGGGAGGUCUAGAAGAAAUAGACCUAAUAUCAAUUAUAAUGAAACAGAUGAUGAUGCUUAUAACAUAGCAGCUGGUCUGUCUAAACAAACAACAAAGACUGUUAGUGACAUUAAAAAAGAAACAAGGAAAACAAGAAGAAAGCAUGAGACAGUUGCAGAUAUUUCUAUAGAACAUGAAACACUAGACAUUCACACAGAAACUGAUGUACACAAGGGGACAGAACCACCAAUUGAACAUGAUGAUUUAAUUAAUAUAUUGUCCGGCAAUGAAAAGAGUGAAACUAUACCGAAGCUGAGAUUAAAUAAAAAGCAAAAAAGCAAGCAAAAGCUAUCUAGUCCAGAAUCAAAAGUAAUAUCUGAUGAUAUAAAUAGCCAAUUAAGUGUAGAAAUUAAUGAGCAACCAAUGGAGCAAGAAAAUUUAAUAGAUAUACAACAGGAAGUAAAUGAAGUUCAAAUCCAAGCACAAACUCAAUCAUCUGACUCAGCAUAUAACAGUUGUCCCAAUGAGCUCUUAGAAGAAGAAUUGCAAAAACAAUCCCAAGAUGUGUUUAAAUCUCCACACUCGGAAGAACAUAAUGAUGAUAAACCAAGUGUUAAAUUGGUUAUUACAAAGAAAAAGGGCUCCAUAUUUAAAAGCAAAUCUCUGGGAAAUGAUGAUCCUUCACCAUUGCCAGCCAGAAAAAGGAGGCAUUUGUAUAAACAUGAAUGGGCCAAUGAUAAAGGAAAUGAAACCCCAAGGCCAGAUAGGCCAGAGGCAACAGAAGCACAGAAUCCAGCUGCCCAAGUAUCGGAGGAGCUUACUCGAGUUACAAGAUAUAGAGCAGCCGAUCCAAUUCUUGAUGAUCCCAUGUCUAGUGAAGCUGUGAAACCUUACUCUAGUGUGAAAUGUGCAAAGGAGGCUAAACAGUACUACACUGUUGUAAGAAAUGUAAAGAAAGCACAUCAAAUUCAAGAGAUUGGUGAAUUUCAAGAGUUCAAUGAUGAUGUGGAGUUUCUUCUUGAUGCCUUACAGGACAACAACCCAAUGUCAACCCGUUGUCUGUCAGUGAUCACGCUAGCGAGUAAAUGCACUGCGCCGGCGUUUCGUAUGCAUUUGCGGGCGCACGGCACUGUGCAGAAAUUCUUCAGUGCUCUACAUGACGCCACCAAUGAUCCUAGCUUGGGAUUAUGUACAGCCACGGUGAUGUUUGUACUCUCGCAAGAUCGUCUCAAUAUGGAUCUGGAUAGGGAGUCUCUGGAACUCAUGUUGAAUCUAUUGGAGUCUGAUGCCUCUCACAAAAAUGCCUUAGAUGAUUGCGGGUUGACUUCGGCGCAGCUCGCUAAGACCCAAGAAAGGGUGCGAGAAUUGUGCGCCGAAAUCAAAAAUCAAGGAAAGGCGAAACAUUUAGAUCUGGAUAAUAUAACGGUGGGUCAUCUAGCAAUGGAAACACUACUGUCGCUAACAUCAAAGCGAGCCGGUGAGUGGUUCAAAGAGGAACUCCGGAACCUUGGUGGUGUGGACCACAUUGUCCGGACAAUACAGGAUUGCGUUGAACGCUUGCAAGUGCCUGCUGCCUCCUGGACUGGAUCACAUUUGGAUAUAUUGGGCAAAGCUGAUCGGUGUAUGAGGGUGCUUGAAAAUGUGACGCAAAUGAAUGAAGCGAACCAACAGCAUCUGACAUCGGGCAAUUUAGGUGCGGCAAGCACUUUGGCAACUCUGUUAAGGCGAUGUGUCAGCGAAGCUCGGGAACAUGUGCGUCUGCGAACGGCAUUGCUAGAUGCAGCAUUACCAGCUGUUAAAGUGUUGGUUAAUUUGUCGCAUUCGUUUGGUGGAAAUUCAUCAUCAUUGGGUGCCUCAGUAAUUGGUGAACAGCCGUCGGUAAUGGAGAUGUGCCUCAUUAUGUUAAAUAACCAGGACAACUUUAUACCAGAUACCAGUAACUUUGACUUUUCCGUCUGUGUUUUAAUGUUACUAAUAAAUCUAGUACAAAACAAUGAAAUUAACACACAACGACUGCUAAGUUUAAGGAUACGAGUGAAUCGGGAAAAUGACGUCAUAUCACGGAGUGUUUCUGCUUUAGACCUUAUUCUAGAUUUGUUCCACAAGAGGGUUGAUCUCGCCAGGCGAGCUGAAGAGAACACAGAUGCGCUGUUGGACGGCGAAAAGGACGAGAGCCAUAACAAGAAACAACCGGACGACAUUGACGAAACUGUCGCUAAACUGUUAGCACGUGCGGGCUCCCAUAUGGAGCACACGAUGGUGGGAGCAUAUAUGGCCCUGGCAGUGGGUCAGGCGGCGGCGGCUGCGCCUGCGCACGCGGCUGCAGUACGUGCACGUUUGCCUUCGUACGCGCCCCUAUUGCCCACGCUGAGGAAGUACUUCGCGUUUCUCUCUCUUACUGCCAGUGCUGAAGCGGCCAUAGUAGCGCACGUGAAAUCGACGCAGCGGAUAAUCCAGUUCAUGGAGGACAGCGACAAGGAGGCUUCGCCCCCGGAGCCGCCGCCCCCGGCCGCGCCAUACACCAGUGCCUACCCCAACUACUACCAGACUUCACCCUCAGACGUACCCCAAGAUAUGUCCCUUAGUAAUCUUAAUUAUAGUAUGAACUACAGUAGUUCGAGUUCUGAUCGGAUGUCGUCAUCUAUGGAAGUCGAUGGCUACCACUGAGCUUAGACAAGAGUAAGAAAACGCCUUCCGGCCUAGCUGAAGCCUAGGUCAUGCCGCCUUGUAUUACGUAUAUUCUAGAUAAUUCAUCUCUUUGGACGGUUUUAUCAAAUUAUAGGGCCGAGUGAUUCGGUCCUCCAUUUUUGUUCGUCUUAUGUGAAUUUAAUUAUUAAAUAUGGUUGUUCUGACUUUGUAUAUGGCAACGGUAUCUCUUUACAUUUCAUUUAUUCCGCCAACGGGUUCAAUGAACUUCCGCUAAGUUCCAGGUCAAAAAAUUGUCGAAACUUGUUUGGUCUUAUAAAGAGUGUGAAAAAAUAAUCGUAACCAUGGCAACUACUGUCUUUGGGUCAAGACUAUAAGGUGUUAUUCGUUGACUUACAAUUGGCCAUCUUCCCACAUUUUCCCGUAUUUUACCGGUAAAAUUAAAAAAUAAGAAUUAGCGCUAAACAUGACUUCCGUUAAUUUGUAGUUUUAUAGAUAUUUAAUCUCAAAAAAGAUAAAUCAUUUACAAGAGAUUAUAGUUAACUUAAGUCUGAAAUGGUUUUAGAAACGGAAGUCGUAUUUACCGCUGAGUAUGAUUUCAAAAUGAUGCCGUGAGAUAAUAUCUAAACUGUGGAAAGAUGCCCAAUUGAUAUUAUAUUCUAAUUUAUAUCAGUCAGAAUCUCGUAUUGAGCGCUGUCAAAUAUGUCAAUCUAUAUACAGAAAAGGCGGAUUGACAGCUCUUGACACUAGAUUCAUGUUGGAUUGAAUACGGGCCUUAGAGUAAGUGACUCACGUGAGUAACUUUUUCGUUUUCAUUGAUUCGUAGAAAACCGUUGUUAGUUAUUUUGGCAAUGACGUCAUUACAAAAAUCGAAACGAGUUCAAAUAAUGCUAUAAAAUUUAUUUUCUCUAUAAUAAAUAUGAACAAUGGUAAUGUUGAUGCACUUGUAUUUUGUUAGUGAUGUGAAGUGUGACGUCACUAUGGUAAUAUAUAUAUUUAUAAUUAAUAAUGUAUUAAUUUCAAUCUUAUUUACUGAUCAAUUUACGUAUAAGUUUGAUGUGGUCAAAUGGAAAAUUGAUCUUAUUAAUUCUGAUUUGCGUUAAAGAAAAUGUGUUAAACUAAAUUACCAUAUGACUUGAAUUGAUUAUUGAUAUAAUGAAUUACCGUAUGAUGCGACAUGUAAAUAAUUAAAUGUAUAGUAAAAUCAUGCCAUUCGUAAUGUUAGUUUUUCAUUGUUAAAUGAUUUACCUCACCCGUCGCCCAUGUAAAUAAAUCGUUUCUUAAUUAAAUUGAGAUAUUUCCGGGUUUAAGCCGUUUUGGCGAUAUAAAGUGCAAAUAGUUUAAGUGUAUAAUAGUUGUGAAUACGCACUGUAUAGUUCUGAGCGUUUCCGAGCAAUUGUUCGUGGCACAAUUCAUGUAAAUAAAUUAGCUAGUUUAAUCGGUUGAGAUGUUUGGUGAUGUUCGAUCGAGUACAAACUGCUUUAUAAUGCCUGGCCUAUAGUUCCACUUUGCGUGUGGAAAACUUAUUUAAAGUAUAUAAACGCUAUAUAUAUAGAUAGCUUUUAUGCUCCCAAUUUCUUUUUUGUGCAAGGGGGCCGUUCAAGUAUUAAGAAUUUACUGCAAAUUAUCCCCCCCCACUCUUUUGUCAGCCAAAGUAAGCUGAGCUCUCGAAAAUGCAUUUCGUUUUCAAGCAUAAACAAUGUAUGGGUGAUGUGUAAAAAAAUAAUAAUUACUGUUGACGUAAUCACUAAAUAACAAAAACUAAGAAUAGUGCGUACGUAAUACUUCAACGGCCCCAACGUACGUUAUACGUAUAUUACGAUUACAGACGGACCUUAGCUCAAAUUUAAACCUUUUAUAGCCUUUAAAUAAUUUUGUGCUGUAAAGUGGGACUAGUCUAUUGUGUGGCGAUCAUUGUUACAGUGAGUCUGAAUUCAUGGAUCGACUUUUGAUCGCGAAUGCUAAAAAAUAAACUUUACAAA